AUGGCAACCCCAAGCAAUCCCUAUAGCUAUAAUGAGAUGGCGAAUAAGGUAAUACAACUGAACAAAAGAGGAAAUCGAGAAGAAACGUCAGCUCUUUCAAUGGCUGGUAGAAUUCAAGUGAAAGAUAUGGGUACCAACUAUAGACCCCAAGAGAAUACGAAAAGAAUAAAACAAGAUACAAUCAACGACAAUCAACCCGAUGAGAAUCUAUAUGAUCAAUUAUACGAGGCAUUUUUAACUAAGAUACGUAAUUUCCUUCCUGAUUCUAGUCAUGAUGUUAUCAAAUCUGCAUCAGAUUUGGCCAUCGAAAUAUUGAGUCUUGAAGAUUCCAAUGUCACCCAGAAACGAUCAGAAUUGGAGGAAUUAUUAUCUACAAAAGUUGAUGAUAUAGACUUGAAUGACUUGGUAGGAUUGGCUAAUCAGAUGAAUAAAUUGAAAGUUGUACAUGAAGGAAAUGGAAAUGAAGAUGAUACUGAAUUCGUGGCUGUCAAUUUUGAUACUUCAGAUGAAGAAAACCAAGAGGAAGAUUUAUAUGAAAAUGAAAUUGAAGAGGAAGUAGAGGAAGUGGGAGAGAUAGAGAAGGGUGAAGAGAUAUCUGAAGUCGAGAAUGAAAUAGGCGAAGAAGAAGAGGAUAAUAUUGAAUAUGACACCACAUGGAUAGAACUGGAAAUUUCAGACAUCGUUAAUACUCAUUCGUUAUCAUCUCCUCGUGACGAAUUGAUUUCGAAGACCUUUGAUUUGUUAUCGAACACCAAGCUUACUGUGGAAGACUUGGACGAUGAUUUAAAUAAAUUAUUUGAUUUUCACGCCUCAGAAUUUGUAAUUAAACUUAUUGAAAACAGGUGGAGACUUGUAUACAUGGACAAAUUAGCCAAGGCAUCAAAUGCUGAAGACAAAGAAGAAAUUUUUAAGGAAAUGACUAAACAAAAGCUUGAUUCAUUGAUCGAGGACCUCAAAGGGUCAAAGAAAAGGCCUGCUGACGACAGAGAGCAUACUUCAACUAAGCGAAGUAAGCCCUCCAAGAAGAAACCACAACGAAUUAGCUUAGAGAAGAUCUUAUUUUCUACCUCGUUGGAAUCCACCAAAAUAACGUUGCCUAAAGGGACCUAUCAAACCAACAAGAAAUCAUAUGAUAUCAUUACGGUUCCAGCCAUAGAAAAACCAUUGACUGAAGAAGAUGUCCUUUUGCCUACCUCUGUCUUGCCUGAAUGGGCCAGGGAUGCAUUUCCAAGUAAUGAAACGACUACAUUUAACAGAAUACAAUCAAAAAUAUAUCCCCAGGCAUUUGAAACAAAUAACAACUUGUUGAUUUGUGCACCUACCGGUGCAGGUAAGACCAAUGUAGCAAUGUUGACUAUGUUAGGAACAAUCUCUAAAUUCAGAAACCAACAUGGACAUAUCCAAUUAAAGAACUUCAAGAUUGUUUAUAUUGCACCCUUAAAGGCACUUGUUCAAGAACAAAUGAGAGAAUUUCUGCGGAGAUUAACUUCGACAUUUGGAUUAGUGGUUAAUGAAUUAACUGGUGAUCUGACACUUUCGAAGCAACAAAUUAUAGAAACGCAAGUCAUCGUUACCACUCCUGAAAAAUGGGAUAUCAUAACGAGAAAGGAUCCAAGCUAUGCCCAAUUGGUGCGAUUGAUUAUUAUUGAUGAAAUUCAUUUAUUACAUGAUGAGCGUGGUCCAGUGUUGGAAAGUAUUGUGAGUAGAACAUUAAGAAAAGUGGAAACAACCGGUAUGGAAGUACGUUUAGUUGGUCUUUCGGCAACUUUGCCAAAUUAUCGAGAUGUGGCGAAAUUUAUCCGAGUUAAUAUUGAUGAAGGAUUAUUUUAUUUUGAUGCAUCAUAUAGACCAUGUCCAUUACAACAAGAAUAUGUUGGUAUCAAGGAGAAGAAAGCGAUUAAGAAAUUGACUGCAAUGAAUGAAGCAUGUUAUGAUAGAAUGUAUGAUAGUUUAACCCGUGGGCAUCAAUUGAUCAUCUUUGUUCAUUCAAGAAAAGAAACACAUACCACUGCAAAAUAUCUUAUGGAGAAACUUUCUCAACAAGAAGAGUUCCAAAUGAUUGAAAAUUUAGGUACCAAGGAAAUAUUGGCUCAAGAAAGCGAAUCAUCAACCAACAGAAAUCUAAAAGAAGUCUUAUCUCAAGGGUUUGGGAUUCAUCAUGCCGGACUAAAUAAGAAAGAUAGAAGUACAGUAGAGGAUCUUUUUGCACAAGGAUUAAUUCGAGUAUUGGUUUCAACUGCAACUCUUGCCUGGGGGGUUAAUUUGCCGGCACAUACUGUAAUUAUUAAAGGUACGGAAACGUAUUCACCAGAAUUGGGUACCUGGGUUCAAUUAUCUCCACAAGAUAUAUUGCAAAUGUUAGGUAGAGCUGGUCGUCCAAGAUAUGAUAAAAAUGGUGAAGGGAUAAUUAUAACUUCGCAAGAUCAAAUUCAAUAUUAUUUGGGAAUACUUAAUCAGCAAUUGCCUAUUGAAUCCAAGUUGAUUGAAAAAUUGGUGGAUAGUGUGAAUGCGGAGGUUGUUAGUGGAUCAAUUACUACUUUGGAAGAAGGAAUCGAAUGGUUGAGUUAUACUUAUUUUUUUGUCAGGAUGUUACAUUCUCCUUCAUUGUACGGAGUUGAAGCAGGUUAUGACUUUAAGCAUGAUCCAGCAUUACAUAAAAGAAGAGCGGAUUUGAUUUAUACUGCCUUAUCUAUCCUUCACGAAAAUCGAUUAGUCAUUUAUGAUCCUGUAAGUGGAGAGGUUAAAUCAACAGAAUUGGGUAAAGUUGCAGCAUACUAUUAUAUUAAUUAUGAAACUAUAAAUAUGUAUGGGAAAAUGUUAAAACCAUGGCAUAAUGAAACAGAUAUAUUACGAGUCUUCGCUAAUUCUGGAGAAUUUAAAUACAUCCCAGUUCGUGCUGAAGAAAGAUUGGAAAUUAGCAAAUUAAUGGAAAAGUGUCCUAUUCCGAUUAAGGAACAGGCUCAUGAAGUAGUAGCAAAGAUUAAUGUUCUUUUACAGACAUAUAUUUCCAGAUUGAGUUUGGAAGGGUAUGCAUUAAUAUCCGAUAUGAUCUAUAUUACUCAAUCAGCAAGUAGAUUAUUACGUGCCUUGUACGAGAUUGCCGUUUUGAAAAAAUGGUCAUCGUUAUCGAAAUCAUUAUUGGAUAUUUGUAAGAUGGUCGAGAAUCGUAUGUGGUUGAAUAAUUCACCCUUGAGACAAUUUGGCUCACUUGUGCCAAACCAGAUUAUAAAAGCUACUGAGAUGUCACACUUACCUUGGAUCAGAUAUUUUAGUUUGAGUAGUGAAGAAUUGGCCGAAGCAGUUAAUCUUAAGGGAAAUGCCAAAUUAGUUAAUGAAUAUGUGAUGUCAUUCCCAAGAAUUACAACUCAAUAUCAUGUUCAACCGAUAAGUUCCGACUUUUUACGAAUCCAAAUCGAAGUAAUACCUGUAUGGAGUUGGAUAAGUUCUGUCCAAGGUAAUCAAGAAACAUUCGUUGUCAUGUUAGAAGAUUGUAAUGGAUUAGAAUUGUUACAUUAUGAGAUAUUCCAAGUCCAUAGAGCAAACGUGGGAAAGCCACACAUUGUUGAAUUUUAUAUACCUGUAAGUGAUCCAUUACCUCCAAAUUAUAUACUUUCAUUCAUUAGUCAUAAAUGGGUUCAAUGUACUUGGAAAACCCCAAUAGUAUUGACGGAUAUACAAUUGCCUUCAUCUACUGAAUAUUAUCUUGACAACUCCAGUGUGGAUUUGAUACCGACCCUGGAAUUGAAUUAUGAAGAUUUUGCUGGAAUUUUUGAAUUUGAAACUUUUAAUAGAUUGCAAUCGGCGGUUUUUGACUCUAUAUACAACAUCACAAAUGAAAAUGUCUUUAUUGGUGCAUCUAAAGGAGAUGGGAAAACCACUUGUUGUGAAUUAGCAAUCCUUGCUGCUUGGCGUGAACAGCUGGGAAGAGUGGUUUAUAUAAAUCCAAAUCAAGACAUCAUUGAUAAGAACUUAAAGAAGUGGCAGAAGUUAUUUUCAGGUUAUUCGAUUGAAAAACUAAACGGGACACUUAAAGAUGAUAUUCAAGUAAUUAAUAGUAAUCAGUUAAUACUUGCUACUCCUGGUCAAUUUACCAAUUUAUCCAAAAGAUGGAAGACCAAAAAGUCAUUUAAAUCGAUUGGAUUAUUCAUAUUUGAUAACUUGCAUCUAAUCAGUUCUGAACCAAGGUAUGAAAUUUUAAUUAGUAGGAUCAGACUCUUUACAUCGCAAUGGGAGGAUGAUCAAAAAGUUCGAAUUGUUGGUUUGAGUCAUCCAGUUGCCACAUGUCGAGACCUAGCUGAUUGGAUUGGCGUUUCAAAGAAGUUUAUCUAUAAUUUCCCACCACAAGCGCGUGAAAACAAGAUACAAGAAAUCAAAAUCAGUUCUGAUGAAUCAAUAUCGAAUGUUAAGAUCUAUAAGGAAUUAAAGAAUGUCAGUAGUUUAAAGAAUUCUAUAUUGUUUACCAGUACGAGAUCGGCUGCAAUUGCUUUGGCUAAAGAUUUGGUGGAGUUUAUGCAUACUCAAGAAUGGAGAAGAAUUGAUCUUGGGAAUUUAUCCAAAUACAUUUCCAGAGUUCAAGAUCCAAUAUUGACACAAUUUAUAGAAUAUGGAAUUGGGUUAUAUUAUGCCGGCAUGUCAAGAAUUGACAGAAUUAUAGUUGAAAAAUUAUUUGAAACCAAUUCUAUUGGGGUCUUGAUAGCUACUUCAGAUACCUGUGCUUUUUCACCCCGUGCCGAUAAUAUCUUGGUUGUUGGUACGACAUAUUAUGAAGGUUCAGAAUUACGAAAUGUAUCAUAUCAGGUCCAAACCAUGUUCGAAAUGAUUGGGAAUUGUAAGAACGGCGGUAGGGUCCACAUAUAUACCAAUACGAUUGAUUUCUAUAGUGGGUUUAUUAAUUCCGGAUUGGUGGUUGAGAGUGGAUUGCUUGGCAAUCUUCAUGAUUAUCUAAUUGGUGGAAUUGUCAAUGGUGUGGUAAAAUCGAGACAAGAUUGUAUUGAUUUGAUCACGUUUAGUUAUUUUUAUUCACGAUUACUUAAGAAUCCGAAUUUUUAUGAUUUGAAAACAGGAACAAGUUUGGGUGUGUCUGAAUAUUUAUCGGAAUUGAUUGAGAAUACAUUGGAAGAAUUGGUUAAGGGUGAAUUUAUUGAAGAUGAUGAAGAAGCUGAAGAGAUUUCUGGAUUGAAUAGAUGUUUGAUUAGUCUUCAUUAUCAAGUUUCUUUUGAAACCAUUCGACAAUUUUCACAAAUUGGAAGAAAAAGUAAAAUCAAAGAUAUUUUCCAAAUCCUUGCAUCCGCUUCGGAAUUUGAAACACUUCCUAUACGGAAAGAUGAAGUGCAGUUGCUUGAGAAACUUGGUGAGAAAUUGCCGAUCAAAUACCAUGGUGAGAUGAAUGCGACAACUCUCAAAGUAUUCAUAUUAUUACAAGCCCAUAUAUCGAGAAUAGAACUUCCAUUUGACUUGAAACAUGACCAGAAAGUUGUUAUUAGCAAGAUAUUAGAUAUUUUAUAUGCAUGUAUUGAUACAUUAUCCAGUGAAGGGUAUUUGAAUGCAUUAUUGCUUAUGGAUUUAUCACAAAUGAUAGUGCAAGCAGUUUGGAACAAUUCUACUGCUGCAUUGAAACAAAUUCCUUAUUUCAGUGGUGAUAUCUUAGAAAGAUGUAAGAAAUCCAAGGUUGAAACUGUAUAUGAUAUCAUGUCACUUGAGGAUGAUGAACGAAAUGAUAUAUUGCAAUUAGAUGAAGAUAGUGAUGAAUUGAAGAUGAUUGCUGAAUUUGUGAAUCAAUAUCCAAAUAUUGAAAUCAGUUAUGAAUUAGCCAAACCAAUCUCUACUAAUGAGAGUAACGAAGUCAAGAUUGUCAUUGAGAGAGAUGAAGAAAUGGAUCUGAUCGAUGUGGUGAGCCAAUACUACCCAGGUAAGAAAGAAGAAGGGUGGUGGAUCGUAGUUGGUGAUGCCAAUAUACGACAAUUAUAUGCAAUUAAGAAGAUUAGCAUUCCUCAUGAGAAGCAAGAGUUUACUAUUGAGUUUAAUGUUUCGAAUCAAGAAGCAGAGACGAUGAAUAAGGUUAGUGUUUGGUGCGUUUGUGAUUCUUAUAUUGAUGCUGAUAAAGAAAUUAGUUUAAGUUAG